UUGUCUCAUAGGGCCUCUCAUGCUCCAAAUGCUACAAGAAAAAGGAUUGAUCAUGAUGAUAGAUCCAAUUAUGCAAUUAAAAAACCUGUAAUUGAUCCAUCUAAAGUUCGAAUGCUUAAAAUGACAGAUGAACGGCCGAAAACAGCUCCAUCAUUUUUAUCAAAUAUUUCAGAGUAUCAAAGGUCAUUUGGGCAGCCACCAUCAGAUUAUUAUCCUAGACACAUCAUUCACUCUGACACUAUGUUUCACCAAUCAAGGAUAACUUCUUCGAAUACUAAAAAUGAAAUAAAUUUUCUUGAAUCAGAAUAUAAAAGGCAAUAUCGUCCUUACACGUAUAUGCAUGAGGAGCCAAUAAAAAAGGCCAAGAUACUAUCUAAUAAUGAACUUUUGGCAAGAAAUCAAAACAAGGCUAAGACUAAAAACAUGCAUAAGGCAGGAGAUUGCAAGAGCGGGAUUCCUGUUCAUUCUAUAGAUAUUCCUCAAAAGAAUAAAUUGCGCUUUCUUUCAGAGUACCACGAAAAAUUUGGUCGCUUUUUCUCCAACGUACAUGACCCUAGUGAAAAUUCAGAAUUGAGAAAGUGGAGGGCUGAGUUAUCUGAACUGCGCAAUCAGGCAAAGUUUUACCAGGAAAGAUUUAGAGGAUCCCACUUUUCAAGACAUCAUUUGGCCCAACUUCAUUCAAUAUACAAUAAUUAUUGGGAUGAAAUAAGUACUCAACGAAGUGGGGCUUACCUAAGAACGGAUCCAUUUCUUAUGCCACCUGCGGGUAAGCCUUCAUCUGACAAGGAAAGUCUGGCAUCUCUGGCUUCUUUAAGUGAGUCUGGCUAUACUUCUUGUGGGGAGCAGGUCAAAUCUAGUAUUAAUAGCAGUGUCUUGGACAGAAUCUCUUCAGGGCAUCAUUCAGCUGUUGAAGCCCCGCAUUAUUCUAGUCCAUUAAAAGAUCAAAAUACACUACUUAUGGUCGACUACGAUGGCGGACUAAUUAAUGGGAUACAUCCUUCUUUAAGGAGGCCAUGUAGUAGCUUUUCUCCGAAGACAAAACAAGAAUUCUACGGGCAUAAUGCUUCUGUAUCUCAAGCCAACGAAAAUUCUAGUAAUAGUGGUUCAAUAAAAAUCUUGCAACACGGAGACAGCUCAGAGGUAUCUAGCUUGGCUUCCGUAACAGAGCAUUCAAUCUUACCUCAAACAAGUCAAAAUGCCGAAUAUUAUUCUAAUAAAAGUUACAAUGAUCGAUGUUAUCGCCUAGCAAUUGGAGCCCAGGAUGCAUUUAGGCCUCAGUCGCAUUAA